AUGUUUUUCGUAACGCCGCGUGCAUUAGCGACCAUCACUGCACCUCAAGUGCUGGCUGUAGUGAGGUCAAAGCUUGGCGGAAGCCGGGCAGCAGCAAAUAAAAUCAUCGUGGAUGUGCGUUCAACAGGGGAGGUUGCAGCGACAGGUCUUAUUCCAACCGCUGUCAAUAUUCCACUGAAUGCAUUGCCAGCUGCGUUAAGUGACGAGGUGGACGAGGAAGAGUUUGUGAAGACUUUCGGACACCCAAAGCCACGUAAGGACGAAGCAGAGUUGAUAUUUUACUGUGAGAGGGGUGUGCGAUCCGCCACCGCCACUGAAAUUGCAGAGGGAUUAGGUUAUCGUUACGUGAAGAACUUUGUUGGGAGUUUUGCCGAAUGGCGGGAAUGCUACGGUGGGGCACCGUUUGACGACGCGGAUGGUUGCAAAGGGUGA